UUUAGUGACACCACUAAACGGAAAAGAAUCGGAAAUAUCAAUUUUAGGGCAAACAUGGCUUUUUGCUUGUGUUUCGGACUGAGACCAAAACGUAAUAAGGUGGUUCAGAAACUGAAGAUGGAACCCGUUUCUGUUCAGGAAUCCAUACGUGACCAACCAUCAUCGUCUUCUGCCAAUCCAGCAACGUCUUCAUCAGAUCCUGAAGCACUGCUACCGCCACCGCAGGAAAUCAAAAAUUUCUCAUACCUACAACUCGCCACCGCAACAAACAACUUCAGCCUGGAUGCUAGGAUCGGACAAGGUGGAUUCGGCGAUGUAUACAAAGGAAAGUUAGAGAUUGACGGACAGUUAAAGGAUGUGGCUGUUAAGAUGCUUGGUCGGAGUAGUAUACAAGGAAACAGAGAGUUUAUUGUGGAAGUCCUAAUGCUUUCGAUUUUGCGCAACAAAAACCUCGUGAAACUGUAUGGUUAUUGCUGUGAAGGCGAUCAAAGAAGCCUCGUCUAUGAAUAUAUGCCUCUUGGAUCUGUAGAAGAUAACAUCCACAAUAUCAGAUCUGUUCAAGAGGUUUUAGAUUUGAGCACUAGGAUGAAGAUAGCUUUAGGAGCAGCUAAAGGGUUAGCGUAUCUUCACAACGAAUCACAACCUAUUGUGAUCUAUAGAGAUAUGAAAACUGCAAACAUACUGCUAGACCAUGGGUUUGAACCGAAGCUCUCUGACUUUGGGCUUGCAAAGAUUGGUCCGAAUGAAGGCAUGUCUCAUGUCACUACUAGAGUUAUGGGAACGCUAGGGUACUGUGCACCCGAGUACGCGGCUACUGGGAAACUGACGCUGAAGUCUGAUAUUUAUAGCUUUGGAGUUGUGUUGUUGGAGCUUAUCACUGGACGCAAACCUAUUGGGGACUCAACCAUGGGUGCAGAACGUUUGCUUGUUAGAUGGGCACUGCCAUAUUUCAGGAGCCUAAACAUAAGAAGGAUUGCAGAUCCGAGGUUAGCAAUACAAGGUGAUCCGUACUUGGAAGAAGCUGUGAGAAGAGCCGUUCAGCUGGCGUAUAUGUGUCUGAGAGAUCAGGCAAAAGCUAGGCCAACAAUCAGAGAAAUAGUGGAGGCCUUGGAGGUCUUGGUUGAGUACAUAGCGAGGAAGAAAGUUGAAGGGUCACCUGUUAAUGAAGAAGAUGGAGGUUUGGAGAGACGAAGAGAUGUUGCUGAUGCUAAGAGAUGGGCUAAGGAUUUCAGAGAUGAACAGAGAAAAAGCAAAGCGGUACCAAAACGGACUCGUUUUUAAAUUAUGUAUACUUUCUUUGCUUAAUUUUUUUG